CGUCCCCAAACACCCCUCUCCUUAUUUUGUAUACUUCUCAUCCCUCUCCCUGUCUCUGAUAUUCAUCCAUACUAUCUCCAUGGAAGAAAACAACAAUGGCACCGCCAAAAAACCAGCCUGUGACAAUUGCAAAGACAGAAAGACCAAAUGCGAUCGCGGCUCUCCAUGCUCCAGCUGUGUUGCAGCAGAACUGGAAUGCAGACUUACUCGUCGCGCACCGGAGAAGCGUCAGCGCGUCCUUAUCUCCGCUCGCUACGAUGAAGCUAUAGAGAACGUCGACCGCUCACUGCAAGAUGUUUCCCGUUCUUUACAGAAGCUCUUGCACAAUAAUGAAUGGCGUCAGCAGCCCCAAAAUGACUCUCCAGCGCCAUUCGUCAGCAAUCAUCUACUAGAUACUUCUGGGGCAUCAGAAGGCUAUACUGGCGACUCCUCAUUUGAAGCCCACGUUCGGCGGGUAGCUGAUACCAUCAAAACAGCUGCAUUAUCUUUGGAUUUGAGCAUGGCUGAUGCGGACUUUUCUGCAACCCAUGCUACUCAAAUGCUUCACACGCCCGAUAACAAAAAUGCUGCUCCAGGCAGCAGUGCAUAUCCAUCUCUUUCCCAAGUCCUCUACCCCGAACUGGACGGAAGAACACUCCCUCCACUAGAUCCUGUCCUCCGGCUCCUCCGGCUACUGCACACUGAGAAACAGCGGUUCUUCAUAGACGUUCCUGUGGUCAGCGAACAGGAAUUUGAGGAGCUAUGCCAAAGAGUCUAUUUCGCUGUCAACCACUACUCCCUAUCGGCUUGGAUAAUUGUCAACGCCGGCCUGUACUACUUAUUCCUCAGUCUAAGUCCCCAUCAUUUCUCGCAGAUAGCAGUGACUGGGGACGAUGUUCAGGAAAUGUUGCGCUUACUAUCUGCAAACUUGGACGCUGCAAUCCAAUCUAUCCGGCUUUGUCAGGACCCAUCUUUCCAGUGGUGUCAAGCACUGUCCAUUUUGACAAACUACUGUCUGAAAUGCGGCCGAAGCGCAGUUGCUUGGUCAAUGAUCUCUUCAGCAUCGAGGAUGUGCAUAGACCUCGGGUUCCACCAACUCCCUUCUGACAUGGGGAAAGACAUUUCAAGAAAGCGGAGCAUAUUUUGGCACAUAUACGUUAUGAACACGGGUAUGGCGUUUACGCUUGGAAGGACUCCCUCAAUUCCUCAAUACGAUAUCGCCACAACACUGCCAUCACUAUCUCAUGCAACGCCGGGGGUGCCAUUUUUAUACUUCGGUUUCGUCCAAUUUUCAUUAAUUGUCGGCGAAAUGCACAUCCAACUCUUCUCCGCAGCCGCACAACAAUCCUCCCCGCAGGCACGCGCUGACAACGCCCAAUCUUUCGCCGCUAAACUCGCGAAAGUCAACAACGACGUUAAAAGAUCACUCCUGGCUACCCCCGUCGACGCAGUGUUUGAAAACGCAAGCAUCCUUGUCGAUAUCAUCAUGCAUUGCUUUGUUACAAUCGCCUACAGACUCGCUCCAAGCAAUGAACCAAACUCACAUCCUCUCCAAUGCAAUGCUGACUGUAUCAAUGCCGCCAGACAAGCCCUCGCCACAAUAGUCCGCGGAAGCCAGACCCUUGGUCAACGGGAUUUGCUCGGGUGGACCAGGUUUCUAAAUUUCUUGUUUUCCCUAGUCCCCUUCGCCAGCUUUGUGGUACUCGCCGGAAAUACAGUGGCGUCAUCCUCAGCAGAGGACCUGGCUCUUCUCUCCGCUACCAUUACAGCCAUCGAACCGAUAGCCACUAGCUCUUUACCCGGGAAGAAGCUGUACGAUGCAUGCCAGUCUUUCUAUCAGUUUUCACAGUUCGCGGUUGCCAGGCAGGCAGCAUUCGCCAACCAAACGCUAGUGAGUAGUCACGGCCCCGAAACACCUUUCCCGGCAUCGCUAGGUCCUCCUCAACCCAGUGUGCCAUAUGAACAUAUUAUGGCGCCGCAAGAUUGGGACGCUGUCAUGAACGAGCUUGAUCUUGAGAUUGGUGUCGGUGCGAUGGCGUCAUUCGUGGAGCCGUAUAUCCCAUUUGAUGUAUCUCUCCCUUGACUCGGCACAUUUACAAUAGACAUCAUAUAAUAUACUUCGUCUAAACAUAUAUUCGGGUAUCAAAUGCAGCUCUCAAGUCUAUGUACAACGCGAUCCAG